AUGGUAGUAGCAGUACAUUUAAUUCUACUUCUUGGCAUCUGCCUAGCAAAGAGACACAUAGUCUUGCUGAAGGACAAUCUUUCUGCAGAAAGCAUACAAAGUCACGAGGAUUGGCUGAAGACCACAGAAAUUCCAAGCGGAGAAAUCAAGGCCUUUGGUGUGGCUGGAAUUAAGGGGUACUCUGCAGACUUUUCGCACGCCACAGCAAACAAGCUCAGAGAAAGAGAUGACGUGUUGCUGGUUGAGGAGAACAACGAGUAUACAAUUCAAAUAAGCAUGGGUAAAGAGGUCGCAGAUGACAUGGCAGGCCUAGUGGUCACCCACGAGGAGUAUAAGCUUCUGUAUGCUCCAAUAGAGGCAGAGAGAGAAAACAAUGCAAUACACGCAGGGUAUGUGAAAAGAGAAGCAUCUGCGCAGACAAAUCUGAUCAAGGGAAAGAGGCAUUUCCGAAAGAAUCCAGUAAAAAAGAUCUACAGAAAGAACAGAAAAGCACCGCAUCCCUUGCUUAGGCUCAGGCAAUCUGCAUCUGCGCAUGAAGGCAUGAAAAAGCAAGAAGUCCCAGUAGUGCUUCCCCCACCCAGAAAGACAAGAGAUCUGGAAAAAGGCAAAGAAUACCACACUGCAUUUGAAAGACUGCACUAUCCCUUCCCAAGCAUAAAGUUGCUUGCACGAGUAGAUGUCCCCUGGGGCCUUAGCAGAAUAUCGCAGGGAAAUACAGUAUACACAGAGGACACGUUUGUGUAUCCUAGAAGUGCCGGGAGUGGGGUGUAUGUCUACGUCCUGGACACCGGAAUAGAAGACACGCAUGAUGAGCUGAAAGGGCGCGUGGAAAGAGGCAUAAACAUUGUAGGAGGAAACUUAGAUGCACGGGAUGAUCACGGGCAUGGAACCCACUGCGCAGGAAUCAUUGGAGGAAAAACUGUGGGGGUGGCAUCCAAUGUAAGGCUUGUGCCUGUGAAAAUUCUAACUGAGGAGGGAAAGGGAAGCACUGAAUUUGCAGUUCUUGGUCUCAUAUAUGCAAUGAAAUCGCACCACCAAAAGCUGAAGACACAGAAGCAUCCAAGGGCCAUAAUAAACAUGAGCUUGGGAGGAGUUAAGAGCGAUGUUCUCAAGGAGAUCGCAAAGAGGGCAGUUGAGACAGGCCUUACAAUCGUUGCAGCAGGCGGUAACAAUGCCUCAAAUGCAUGCGAGUACUCACCAGCAUCAAUUAACAAGGUAAUUACUGUUGGUGCAAUUGAUCAGCACGAUGAGAUUGCUGAAUUUAGCAACACAGGAUCCUGCGUAGAUGUAUAUGCCCCGGGUGUAGCCAUUCCCAGCUCAUUUAUAAAUAAUACUAUUAGAGAACUCUCUGGCACCUCCAUGGCUGCACCGCAUGUGGCAGGUCUGGCUGCGCUCUAUCUAGGAGAAGAGUACAUGGCCCCAGAUGACCUGAAAGUUCUUAUAAAGACAGAUGCAUUCAAGUCAGAUCUGAUUAGAAUAGCAUCUGCAAAGGUUCUUAACCUAAGACUCGAAUAA